AAUCGCACUUUUUUACAUUUUCACAUUUUUCGGCAUUUUCCUCCACGAAAAAUCCAGCAGAAUUCCAUGAUUUCACACUAGCCAAAGCAAAAUGAAAGUCAAAGUGAUCAGCCGCAAUCCGGACAACUAUGUGCGUGAAACGAAAAAGGACAUUCAUAAGGUGUUCCGGAACUACGAUUCCUCGCUGCAUCCGUUCGAGGGAGCUCGCGAAUAUGUCCGGGCGCUGAAUGCAACCAAACUGGAACGGGUUUUCGCCAAGCCUUUCGUGGGCAAUCUGGACGGUCACAAAGAUGGUAUCUCGGCCCUGGCAAAACACCCGAAGAGCUUAUCGCUGCUGUUGAGUGGUUCCUACGAUGGGGAAGUGAAGCUGUGGGACGUUCCGAACCAGGAAUGCGCGCAGAGUGUUCUGUGCCACAGCGGGUACGUAAGAGGAAUCGUGUUCUCCAAUGACGGGUCAAGGUUUUUUACAAUCGGAGAUGAUAAGGCUAUCAACGUGUGGGAUUCCGGGAUGGUUGAUAGUGAUGAAACUUCGCACGAACCAGUUAAUUCGAUCCUGGGAAGAACAGUUAUUACAUCGAUUUCCCACAACUACGAGGAACCGUUCUUUGCCACGUGCGGAGAGACGUGUAACAUUUGGGACGAAACUCGUAAUUCGCCCCUGAGAACUCUUCAGUGGGGCGUUGACACGUUGUACGACGUGAAGUACAAUCCGGUUGAGACUUCCCUCUUGGCGGCCUGCUGCAGCGAUCGUGGUAUCAUUUUCUACGACCAGCGAGAAGUGAAACCUUUGCGAAAGAUCGUCAUGACUUUGAGACCCAACCAGCUGGCAUGGAAUCCGAUGCAGGCCUUCUAUUUCACCGUAGCCAGCGAGGACUACAAUCUGUACACAUUCGACACGCGUAGGUUGAAAAAUCCGCUAAAGAUCCACGACGGACACACGUCGGCCGUAACUUGCGUCGAUUAUGCUCCCACUGGGCGAGAGUUUGUGUCUGGAAGCUACGACAAAACCAUCCGAAUCUUCGAUGCCCACAAGGCCAACAGCCGCGAAGUGUACCACACCAAGCGGAUGCAGCACGUCACCUGCGUGGGAUGGUCCAUGGACAACAAGUACAUCUACUCGGGAUCGGAUGAAAUGAACGUUCGACUGUGGAAGGCUCGCGCCUCGGAGAAACUGGGUGCCCUGCAGCCGCGAGAGAAGCAAGCAUUUAAGUACAACGAAGCCCUGAAGGAGAAGUUUGCUGCCCAUCCACAGAUCCGGCGCAUCGCCCGGCACCGACACGUGCCGAAGGUGGUGUACAAGGAGCGCCAGAAGCAACAGGAACAGAAACAGAAAAUCAAACGUAAGGAGGAGAAUGUGCGGAAUAAUUCCAAGCCCGGCAGUUUGCCGUACGUGCCGGAGACCAAAAAGAAGGUGCUCCGCGAGGAGCAUUAAGGUUUCGGUUGAGUGGAGGAGUUUGCUUUCUUGGAG